AUGGCGCCCACGAGACCAUCCAAGAAGGCAAAAGCCAAGAACCGAAGCCACACCAAAAAGUCAUCUGCAGCGUCCACAAAACCAGCCAAACAACUACUCGCCGAAGCGACGGCACUCCUCGAGCAGGGCGAUGCGACAGGCGCGGUAACCACGGCGCGCGCCGCCCUCGACGCCGCCCUCGAGAACGACGACGCGCGCACUUGCGCGGCGCAUAUGCUCCUGGGCGAGAUCAACGUGGAGCUGGGCGAGAUCGACACGGCGCGGUCGCACUUCCUCGAGGCGGCGCGGCUGGACGAGGACGGGUCGCUGUCCGAGGAGCUGGGCGGCGGGCCCGAGAAGUUCAACUGGCUGGCGCAGCUGUCGGAGGAUGGCGGUGCCGACUCGGUGAGCUGGUUCGAGCGGGCGGCGGCGUGCCUCCGGGCGCAGAUACAGGUGCUGGGCGCUGCGGCGGACGAGGCGCGGCGGAAGGGGAGCGCGCAUGGCACGGCGGUGAAGGAGAUCGAGGACGCCGUUUCGGAAAAGAAGAAGAAGCUCUCCGAGACUCUUUGUGCCGUCGCGGAGGUGUACAUGACGGACCUGUCGUGGGAAGAGGACGCCGAGGCGCGGUGCGAAGCGCUCAUCACCGAGGCGACGAUGCUGGCGCCCGAGCUGCCCGACGCGUGGCAGACGGUCGCGAACGUCAGAGUCAGCCAGAGCAGGAGGGACGACGCGGUGGCGGCGCUGGAGAGGAGCAUGGCGCUAUGGACGGAUCUGGAGCCCGAGGACCCUGGAGUGCCUCCUUUCCCAUCCAGAGUGAGCCUGACGAGGCUGCUGAUCGAGUGCGACUUGCAACAAAAAGCGGUGCAGGUGUGCGACAGGCUGGUCUUGGACGACGACGGGAGUGUGGAGGCUUGGUAUCUCGGCGGAAUGGCACAUUACACACUGGGCGAGAAGGGCAAAUUAGAAGCGAACAGUGCACAGAACGGCGACAAGAGCGCAGAGCCGAAGGACGGCUGGAAGAAGGAGUGGGUCAGAGCACGGCAGUGGCUGUCACAAUGUCUCCUGCUGUUCGAGGCACAGGAAUACGAGGACGAGAGGCUAGGAGAGCACGCCAAGGAGCUGCUCGCCACGGUGAAUGCGGAGGUGGGCGACCUUCCGGACGAUGACGAUGACGAUGACGGUGAAGACGGAGCUGGCUGGGAGGAUGUUGAUGAAGACGGUGACGAGGACAUGGACCAGGCUUGA